UUUUUAGCUUCCGCCGCCCCUGUUUUGGGAUCCUCUCUGCUUAUAUAUUUUAAAGGGUUUGCGUGGUCUUCAUAUCACAGAAUCUACUGUUUGCUUCCAAGGAAUUCCAAGCCUGGCCCAAUGUGUAACAAGGAUCCAGUAGAGUCUAAUAACAAGCGGGUUACUCAUCAAAAUGGCUUUGUUUUAGUCUCAUUUGUCCUUUAUCUGUUGGUUGGUUUGUCAGUUGUUGUCGUGUUCAUCACUUUGAACCAACGACUCGCUGCUGUUGAGAGAGAACUCGAUGACCACAAGACGCAGCUUAAAACUCUAAACCAACAUGCAGUCAAGAACGUGGAGACUACUGUUAGAACUGACAGAGGUUUCAACAGAGCAGAAAACAUCAAGUCACGGCAGUCCCAUCUGCGAGUAAGACGUUCUGUUAUUGACAAGAAUGUCUCUCGCGUUACUGUGGAAGCAGUUCGUUCAGAAAUCCAACAGGUUCUCUCGAACAUGACUGCUUCUCAUUUCUGUCAUCCACCAAACAAAGUUUGUAUUCAAGGAAGACCAGGAAAAAAAGGAUCAAAGGGUGUCCGGGGGAAGCGUGGUAAAAGAGGAUUUAGAGGACGCAAAGGUGCUCAAGGUCCAAUGGGAACCCCUGGCAAGUACGGUAAACAAGGUUUGAGAGGACCCCCUGGAAUGAAUGGACAGAAAGGAGACACUGGUCUUCCCGGUCCGAAAGGCUUGCCGGGACCAAAAGGGGAACCAGGAGAGCAGGUUUCUGAGCCAACCGUUUUUGUUUCCCCGUCAACUCUCACACUUCACCAGAACCAGAAUGCUACAUUUCACUGCAAUGCACACGGCAAUCCAAAACCAAGACUAACCUGGAAGAAAGUGUCUGGUCAACUUGAAGCUAGUAAAACAUACACGGAUCAGUCAGGGUUAUUACAGAUAUUCACAGUUGAUAGUAAUGAUACCGAUAGUUAUGUCUGUACUGCGAAGAGUGUUCUAGGAGAAGCAUCGAAAAAUGUAAAGUUAUUUGUUCAAGUUUCUCCGCAGUUCUUGUCGACACCUGAUUCAUUUCUAAGGAUUAAACAUGGAAAAACAGUAAGAUUGACAUGUAAAGCGAGUGGGUACCCUUUGCCAGUGAUCACGUGGUCUAGGCUCACCGGGGAUCUUUCUCCAAAAAGAAGUCAACAAGUCAACGGUACUUUGAUUAUAAGAAGGUUCCAGUUGAGCGAUAGUGUGACUUAUAAGUGCAGUGCAGUCAAUUCCGUUGGUGAAGCGACAGCUUAUACAACGUUAAUUAUAUAUUAUCAAGCUUUCAGAGCCACGUUCUCCAAUCUUGGUGCAAUAGGUCGUCUUGGCCCAAAAUCUAUUGGUAGUCAUUACAAUGGUCAAAGUCAUUAUGGACAGGUUGCUUUAUCGUCUGGCAUACAAAUAUGGAAAGUACCACUUACUGGUUCGUAUAGAAUAGAAGCUGUUGGUGCUAGCGGUGGCUAUGACACUGGACAGAAUUCCCGCCUUUACCGUGGACGGGGUGCUCGUAUGAUUGGUACAUUUCAACUUCUAGAAGGAGAACUAAUCAAAAUACUCGUGGGACAAGAGGGUGGAAUAAAUAUUGUAUCCAGCUCUUCUGGUGGAGGAGGAGGUAGCUUUGUUGUUAGAAAUGACAGCUCCCCCCUGAUCAUUGCUGGUGGAGGAGCUGGUAUCGAAUCAGCUACACAACGACACUCCCGAGGGGAUGCUAGUGUGUCCAUAUCUGGUAAUCAGGGACAUGGAGGAAGAGAGUGGGCAGGAGGACGUGAUGGUCAAGGCGCUAAAAAUGCUGACUCGGACAAUUCAGGGGGUGGUGGUGGUGGCUUUUACUCGUCUGGCCGCAGCAGUACUCGCUUCGGAGGAUCUCAAGGCACAGGCGGAGAGGGAGGCAAGGGAUUCCUACAAGGAGGAGCUGGAGGAAGAUCUUAUACGAACACAGUACCCGGCGGUUUUGGAGGAGGUGGAGGUGCUUAUGGGGGUGGUGGUGGAGCAGCAGGAGGAGGAGGAUACUCUGGGGGUGCUAGUGGGGAUAACAACUCUGAUUCCUCUGGGGGUGGUGGAGGGUCGUUUAACAUUGGAACAGAUCAAARUAACACUUGUUGCUAUAACGACAAGGGGCAUGGAUACGUUAUUGUAACUAGUAUUUGAUAAGAAAUAUUUGAUACCAAAACAAUUGCCCUUUCAAGCGCGACAUUUGCUCAGUCGUCACCUAUUAAGCAAGUUUGUAAUAGCGUUUAAUUAAAAAACAAAUUCUUAACAACUACUAAUGUUUUCAGCGUCGGUAUUUCAUUUAUCUUCAUUAACCAGAACCACGACAAGCUAACAAGCGAACAAACCAAGACGUAAACAAGGUCCUGAAUCUCUGAUCUAAACGAAGAACAGUGCUUCUAAAAAGUUGUAAAAUGACGGGCCUUUUUUUGCGCUAAAGAAGUUGAAUUUCCCACCCAAAUCUUCAAUAUAUCUCAGUAUUUUAUAAAUCGAUUGUGUAUUUGUCAUUUCGUGAUUGACGAAGACAAAGUACAAAAUAACAAAAUAAAAAUUUGAACUUUUCUCCAAAA